CCCCAGCAGAUCCCUCCUCCCACCACAGCAGGAAGUUGCCUCCCCACAGACCCGGAAGUGAGUGGUGUGGCCUAGGAGACAGCAGAGUAACCACCAUCCUCGCGGAGAAUCGUUUUAGCUUCCCCCUCCUCCUUCUUUUCCCCACCUCCUCAGAAAUGAUGCGAGUUGAAGCAUCGGGAAGAGUCUCCAUGGCGGGUCGCUCAACUGGCGCGAGAGCCGAGGGGCGUGUGUGUCCUCCGGGUCGUCCGUUCAACGACAGCAAUAGGUGGGCGGGGCCGCCACAGCACGAGCCCCGGCGUCGAAAGGGCGGAGGGCUGCCGCCAUCACCAAGGCAACAGCCGCGCGCGCCGGCUUAUGAGCUCGUGGCGAUCAGUCUAGCCGCAGCUGUCCUGCUGCUAGUAGAGCACCGCUUCUGGCAGCAGGAACUGUCUGGCAGAGACUGGAGUGGUGGCGGCGGCGGCGGCGGCUGCUGCUGCUGCUGCUGUCUCCUAAACUAGAGAGGCGGGGCUGUAAAAGGCCUGAGGGGGUUGCUUGGUGAUGGUGACCGCUCCCCUUGGCCGUCAUAAAAGCCGGCUCUGCAUUUCUGCACUUCUUUGUAGCGCUACCUAGUCCGGAAUUUCCGAUGAAAUUUGCACAAAUUGGAGAAAAAGCAGAUGUACUAAUCAGAACUCUUUUAACGCUUUGAACAUUUCGCAUGACUCUUGUUGAAAAGCGGUAUAUGAGUAUUCAUUGUCUUAUAAAUGAGUCGUACUACAAACUACAUGCAAAAAAGGGUGUAGUAUUAUCACUUCAACUGCCACCUUGUCAGGAAUCGCCUACAACAGGUGGAGAGAGGAUAUGGGCCAGAAGGGUUGAGAAAUACAAUCUGGGUUAAUAAACAGAGUAAUGUUUUUAUUUUAAAUUGCUUAUGAUCCUAGUAAAAUUAUUAGCCAUGAUAUGGCCUUUGAUAAAGAGUAGUUUUUAUCCCACCCCAUCCCCCCAAAAACCUUAUUAUUAAAUGCAUUUUAAAAAACAACAGAGAUGGUAUAGGGGCCAAACAGCUGGUAUCUAAUGAUAUCUCAUUUUAACUUUGAUUUUAAUGAUAUUUAAUCUGGUUUAAAAGUUUAUUGAUUUUAAUUGUGUUUUUUAUUUUAAUGUAUACUGUCCUGAGCCACAUACAUAAAUAAUACAACUUUACUAAUCUAACAUUUUCUAUCUGAAGUAGCAGACUUGACAGCUAAAAUUGAAAUACUGUACUGUAGUAAGUUUUCCCAUGGCAAUACUUACUUUAUUUUGAAAGCAUUAGUCUACAGAAAACACUCAAGAAUCAUAAUAUUUCUGUAGGAGAUUGUUUUUCAAGUCAACUUUUGAAGUCAAGUUCUCUUAUUUUUAUGUAUUUAUUUAACAUAUUUGUAUACCACCCACACCUGAAGUCUCUAGGCAGUUUACAGCAAUAUAACAAACUAAGAAAAUGUUAACAAAACAUAUAGAAAUAUCAAUACUACCAAAUAGCUAAAAAGCUUGGCUGAAGAGAUGUGUAUUUAGUUGUUUCCUAAAGGCCAACAGGAUGGAGCAGUUCUCAUCUCAGCAGGAAGUGUGUUCCACUUUUAGCUAAUUAUAAAAGUCAUCCUCUGCCUCAAGGACUGUUUCAGAGUCAUCCUCUUCUUUAUCAGCUUGGUUGUCACAUUGCUCUACCUGACAGAUUGAUGUACAUUUCAAACCAUUCUCCAUACAAAUACACGUGAGCACAACGUAAGACUGGUUGCACCUGCAGGACAACAGCUCAAGGAAUGAGUCAGGUGCCAGUUUCCCAGUCAUCCACUGAUUAGAAGUAGUUUAGAUAUGUACCAAAGACAGUUACUGGAACUUCACCAAAGACUCUUGUAUGCUGAAAAAGAAAACAAAAAAAGAUCCCGUGAGCUGAACACUGUCCUGAAUGAAAUCAAACGAGUUGUUAAUGAGCGGACUAACUCUUCAACAAAUGUUACAGACUUUGCAAAGUGGAAAAUGUUGAGUCUCACCAACAGACUUCCGGUACAUCUAACAAAUAUCCACUACUAUCUGCCUCAUCUCCAGGAGCAUGAAGAUGGUAUUAACCCAAAUGUUGUAAUUGGGCAAGGAAGGACUGGGGUGUCCCUGGUUAUGGGUAUUCCAACAGUCCGGAGAGAAAAACAAAAUUAUUUGAUGAAUACACUGAAUUCCCUUUUCUAUGACAUGUCUGCAGAACAGAAGAACAACUGUGUGAUAGUUAUCUUUGUAGCAGAGGUGGACACAGAUUAUGUUAACAGCAUUGCAGAAAGCAUUAGAAGCAAUUUUCCAAAUGAUAUACUCUCUGGAGUUCUGGAAGUCAUUUCUCCCCCUGCUUCUUAUUAUCCCAAGUUCUCCAAUCUCAGGGAAACAUUUGGUGACUCUGCGAACAGAGUAAGGUGGAGAACAAAACAGAAUCUGGAUUAUAGCUUCUUAAUGCUGUAUGCCAAACCAAAAGGAACAUUUUAUUUACAGCUAGAAGAUGACAUUAUAGCCAAGCCUUCAUACGUACAGGAUAUAAAAAACUUUGCCGUACAGCAGGAAUCAAAGGAAUGGAUGAUUCUUGAAUUUUCUCAACUUGGGUUUAUUGGAAAAUUAUUCCGAUGCAGAGACAUACCAUUGAUAGUAGAAUUUUUUUUAAUGUUCUACAAAGAUAAGCCGAUUGACUGGCUUCUAGAUCACUUACUUUGGGUUAAAGUUUGCAAUCCAGAAAAAGACGCACAACACUGUGAAAAGCAAAAGGCCUAUUUGCGCAUCCGUUAUAAGCCAUCUCUCUUUCAGCAUGUAGGAAUUCAUUCCUCUUUGGCUGGAAAAAUACAGAAUUUGAAAGAUAAAGAUUUUGAAAAAAACUCAUUAUUCAAAGCACAUACCAACCCUCCUGCAGAAGUGACUACAAGCCUAAAAGUAUUCCAGCAUUUUACUUUAGAAAAGGCUUAUAAAGGAGAAGAAUGUUUCUGGGCUAUUUCUCCUGUGGCUGGAGAUUAUAUCCUAUUUUCCUUUUGGCAUCCAUUGGAAAUAGAAAGGUACUUAUUUAGAAGUGGAAAUAUGGAGCAUCCUGGAGAUAAACUAUUUAAUACUACUGUGGAGGUUUUACUUCAGAAUGAUAUAAACCUUCAAUCUGCUGGAAAAUAUGCACAGAAUUUAAAGAAUCUAAAAACUCAGAAUGGAUAUUUACAAAUAGGUGCAUUUGAAAAUGGAAUUGCAGAUGGCGCCAUCGGCCCAUUGUUAGGAAAAAUAAAAGCUCUUCGUUUAUCUAUCCGCUCCAGUUCUCCAAUGUGGGUGCUACUGAGUGAAAUACUUAUAAAGCCAUUGUGAAAAAAGUAUCAGACAAGAGACUUUCUGAAGAAUAUGCAAGUUUCAAAGCUGCAUGCAAACAAGGCCAUCUAGUGGCAGCAACAUCAUGGUCGACUAUGAAAUCUAAUCUCCUUCCUAAUACUGUGUAAUAGGAGAGGGGACUACUCUCUGUAUAUUCUGUACACAGAAUAUUAAUUUUAUUAAAAUUGAAAUAUUUUAAAUAGUUAUAAUAUAUUGCCAACAAGCCCUUUGUAAAUAAAAACACUUUUAAUAAUGGAAAAAAUAAAUGUCAAUUGUUAACUAGUACAAUAGAUUAGCAAUACAUCUUUUAAAAUAUUAAAAAAUAGUAAAACUAUAGGAGAGAAUCCAGACACGUUCAGUACUUUUAGUCUCAAUACAAUUGGAGGAUG